UCAAAUUAUCAGAUGUUGUAAUCAGGAAUGCACCCUUACUUUUCGAAGCAAAGACGAACUUCUCGCGCAUGGCGCCUUAGUACACAAUGCCAAUGGAACGCAAAACGCUACUGGAAAAUUUGAGUGCGUUAUUUGUUAUUCAAAGUUUGACACUCAAGGCAAUCUAUUAUCACACUUACGAAGGCUCGUACGAGAUUAUCGAUGUCCAAUGUGCAACAUGUUUUUCAAGUGUCCAAACGAGAAAAUCCAGCACAUAAAACUAAAUCAUGACACCCGAAGAUCUAAUCCUUCUUAUUGUCCGGAAAACCAGCCCAUAAAAAUAUGUUGUGGUUGUGAAGCAAACUUCGACACAAUCGAAGAACUUGAGCAACACGGUAUCGAGAUGCACAAAGAUCUACACCAACCAGUAGACGCGGAUCGUACCUUCCAGUGUAAUGUUUGCUAUAAAUACUUUAAAUCAAAAUCAAGUCUGCGAUUUCAUCAAUCCUUGGUUUACAGACCAAAACCCUAUUCAUGCGAUUUGUGCGAAAAGUCCUUUGAAUCAACGUCUAAACUUUCUCUACACAAAACCAGCCAUAAAACCGAACGAAAUUUUGCCUGUUCUGUGUGCGGUGGAACUUUCAAAACUGCAACCGAUCUCCGAUGCCAUCAGCGAAUCCAUCGUGAAAAAACCCUCGCUUGUACCAAAUGCGAUGCUCGGUUCCACAAGAGAUCACAGCUGACGGAUCAUCUCAAAAUUCACGAUGAAAAUGCCUACGAUUAUGCGUGCAGCUUUUGCGAUCGAAAGUUCAAGGUAAAGUCGAACUGGAAAACACACCUGAAGGUACACACCCGAGAAAAGCCGUACCCAUGCAGCCACUGUUCCAAGGCGUUCCGUUACCCGACGGAUCGCAAGCGACACGAGAUGAGCCAUACCGGAAACUUUCCGUACAGCUGCGAACGAUGUGGGAAAGCCUUCCCGAGGCGGAUCCAGCUUACUGCUCACGAAAAAUCAUGUGCCAAAAGGAUGGGAUUAAAGCUCAGCUAAUCAAA